AUGGCAUCCAUGUCCGCUUACAUAUUCAUCCACACCCCAAAAUCCCACUCCUUAACCCUCUCGCGCAGACCAUUUAAAUCCGCACACUUCAACUUUGUCACUCAUCUGGCGGCGCCAAUCCGUCCCUCUUCCGCCAAGUACAGGUGCCGGAGAUCCUCGGUUGCCGUAAUUAGGGCUAGCAGCAGCAGCAGCAGCGGUGUUGAUGUCGUCACGUCAGCAAUCAGGCCCGGCGGCGCCGUCGAGAGCGAUAAAUUGCCGUCCGACGUGCGGAAGAGAGCUAUGGAUGCCAUUGAUACCAGCGGGAGGCGAGUCACAAUCGGUGAUGUGGCGAGUAAGGCUGGGUUGAAGCUGAAUGAAGCUCAGAAAGCUCUUCAAGCCCUGGCUGCCGAUACCAAUGGCUUCUUGGAGGAUGAUGACUCAUACAUACUACCGGUGCUACUAAGAUUCGAUGGUCAGCCAGAAGUAGAUGAAGAGGGGAAUAUUUUAUACCGUUUUCCUUCACUACAACGCACUGCGGCUCCACAGAGGCGUGGACGGAAAGAAUAUGUUGGAAGAAAAUGGUCUGAUUUGGAUGGAAUUCGAAAGUUCUUUAAGGAAAAUAAAUGGAAAUUUAGCAAAACCAGUUCUUCAGAGAGGGCAAUGGUGAUUGGUCUAGGUGGCCUAAAUCUAUUUGGGGUCCUGAUUCUGGGCUCCAUGUUGAAGACAAUGACGGUUAGCCCCAGUGGGUUCGUCUCAUUUGUCUCUGAAAUAUUUCCCCUACUUCAGAUCUAUGCCGGCUCUUUCUUUGCAAUUCCCUUAAUUCGGUGGUUUUUCGUUCAAAACAAAAACGCUAAAAUCGUUCAAAGGAAUCGUGCCAGGGAACAAUGGGCCAGAAUUUUAGAAUCACCUGAUCUUUCUUUAAGGCGGAAGCUUUUAAGUGCUCGGGACAUGGCACAACGGACAUUCAUUGGAAAGGAUAGAAUUGUCUAUAGUACGGAGAAGGAUUUAUAUGAACAGGAUUACGACGCCCGGGAAUGGGAUUUGAGAUUCAAGGAGAUUGAAAAAUCUGACUAG